AUGCCCAUUACAACAGCAGCAAACCAAAUGUUUGAAGGAAUCACUGGUGUCUACGGCAUAUGCCUAUCCUUGACGGCUGCAGUCUCUGCCUUUGUAGGACCCAUGAUCGCUCAAUAUGUCCCUUUUGAUAUUGUUACCAUUGCUCUCACCUUGGCCUCGGGCCUCGCAUAUGUCAUCAGCUCGCUACCAUCACCUCUAUCAAAUACCGGCGGUAAUAAAACUGGCCCUGUCAUCGGCACAAUGCUCGCGGGAUUCGUGUACGCCUUUGGAACGCAAAACUACCUUGCCGUGGCUGCUUUCUUCCCUGCUGAGGCUGUGGUCGCUCUUAGCGUGGGGAGUGGUCUGUCAAUUAUUCUUGGCUCAGGUAUUUUCAUUGCUCUGAUGGAGGGCGCUUUUGAGCAGGAUUGGCGGCGGUGCUUCCUCGUGUUUCUUCCAACUACACUAGGCAUACCUCUCGUGUGGUGGGGUCUAUUUGACAAGCAACGUCGUCUAGCUGCUGAACUUUGUCGAAAGCAGAGUUUGCAAAAGAGGCGUGAUACGUCUAGCUCAAGUGAGCUCGAGACGGGUGGCACUGGGGACGAACAGCAACGAACCGUCAUAAGCAGCACCGUGCUUGAUGAUAACGGCCUCCCGCGGAAUCUAAGACCUGGCUUCGGUCCUAACCGAACACGUACAGGCCUUCUGUUCAAGACGCUCCUCCCUAAUUACGUCUUGCCUCUAAUUAUUUGCACCACGUGUGCUAUUCUUUCACUCUUUGGACUAGCGCCAAUUCUUCAAGACCUCGAGCGAUUUAAAGGAGCCCCCAAAGGUGACUCUGAGUUUCAGUUGGUUUUUUUUGCUUAUGGAAGUGCGCAAUUCCUAUUCAGCACUCUGGUCAUAUGGAAACCUAUUCCGAACAUCUGGCUAUGGACAGGUGCGGAGAUUGUGUUCACUACGAUGGCUAUUGUCCAGCUUUGGCAUCCGUUCCUAACGUACUUUGGGGUCUGGUUCGUCAUUAUGUUCAUGAUAGGAGGAUGUGUGGGUGGAAGCGUUACAAACACGAAUUACAAGAUUGCUGCGGACUUUCAGCAAGCCGGUGAGCCAGACGAAGUGCGAAGCUUUGCGAACAGCUAUGCUGGUUUGGGCAACUUUGGUGGUGAUGCCCUUGGCGGUGCUCUUGGACUCGUUUUCCAAAUGGCUAUUGCCAAGCAUUUAAGCCCAACCACCACCUAA